AUGGAUAAACCAACUUAUAUAGUGGUGGCGCCGAAGACUUUGCGGCCAAACGCCGAAUACCGGGUGAGUGUCUCGUUAUACCACAUACCGGCGCCCAUUCAAGUGAAUGUCUCAGUCGUGGGUCCGGACAACAACACCGCCACUACCGGUCCGGUGGUGUUUGCCGAGUCUGAGACCCAGAUGUUAAGUCUGCCGAUCGGCGACUGGACAGAUGGUUGUUAUAAGCUUAUAAUUACGGGGACAGGUGCUAAUUUUAGCAGGUACAACUCACAUUCAUGGCAAAAGUAUGAUGAUUAUGAUGAAACAUUAUUGCCGACAACAACUGAGCCCGAGAUAGUAAUCGAUGGAUUCCGGGAUGAAGUGUCGCUUCAGUUUCAGCCAAAAACAGUGUCGGUAUUCAUACAGACAGACAAAGCUAUGUAUAAACCCGGACAGAAGGUACAGUUCCGGGCACUGGUAGUCACCCCUUCACUACUGCCCGUAAGCAACGCAUCCGUCGAUAUACACAUCAAAGACGGAAAUGGGAAUCGAGUAAAACAGUGGACAGGACUGACACCUUUAAGAGGAGUUGUAUCUCAAGAGCUACAGUUGUCUUCAGAGCCAGUGUUAGGCGACUGGGCUAUAGUUGUGGAGGUGUUGGGCGUCAAACACCAGAAGGCCUUCUCAGUGGCGGAGUAUGUGUUGCCCACGUUUGACGUGGAGGUAGUGUUGCCUAAGUAUACCACUCGUGACCGGCCAGACAUUGUGGCCACUGUUAAAGCACUUUACACUUAUGGACAACCUGUUAAGGGGAACCUCACGUUAACCGCACAGUCAAACGAUUGCGGUUUUAUUCAUAAAUACAGGACUCGGUAUCCAAUCUACGGAAGUGUUGACAUACCUAUCAAUCUGAUGGACGACUUGUGUCUCACAAAUUACUUUCGAAGCAUAGAUAUAGAGGUGACGGCAGUCGUGACGGAGGCGCUAACCGGCCGGUCGUAUAACGGGUCAAACACUAUGAAGAAAUACAAUACAAAUAUAAAGGUACAGCAGAUGGAAACAUCCCAGACAUUUAAACCUGGCCUCAAAUACCCGGUGCUCAUUAAAGUGACCGAUCAGGACGAUUAUCCUGUGCCCGACAACGGGCCUAAACUUACAUUGAAAUACACGUUCAUGUAUGACAAAUACAGGAAGACAAUCCUCUUAAGUCCAGUCAAUGGACUUAUUAAUGUCGGUCUUUUCCCACCGAUUCAUACCGAAUAUAUUAUACUUGAAGCCCAGUAUAUGGGGAAAGAGUAUAGGGUUGGAGAAGUAAAGAGAGCUCAGUCGCCGUCCGGUAACUACAUUCAAGUGGUGCGACUCGAGUCGGACAAAGCGGUGAGUGUCGGCCAACAGCUCCGGUUCGCCGUCAACGCCACCGAACCGAUCGGUCGACUCGUGUGCGAAGUGUUGGGAAAGGGAGACAUUGUUUGGGCUCAAAGUAUUGAUAUUCCCGACAAUAAGAUUACUCACGAGUUUGCUUUGGAGGUUAAACCAACAAUGGCUCCGACGGCCCGACUGUUGUGCCAUUACUUACGAGCGGCCAAUCAGGAAGUAGUGGCCGACGGACUCAAGUUUGAUGUGAGCGGUACUCUCCGGACACCCGUAUCGGUCACUACUGACGUUCAGACCACUAAACCGGGCGCACCCGUAGAGGUGAGGGUGAGUACCAAACCGGACGCAUACGUGGGUCUACUCGGUGUCGAUCAGAGCGUACUUUUGCUGAAAUCCGGUUCCGAUAUCACUCGCGAAGACGUGGACAAAGAGUUGAAGACAUACGACACUGAAUACAAUCGGCAGAACUCUGUGACCGCCGGCGAGAUAUUUGAUAACACGGGUGUUGUGGUCAUGUCUAACGGUCUGAUACAUCGGUCACCAAAAGAAGAAAUAGAAAAGUUGGACAUUAGAUCCAUCGGGAGAAUGAAGGGAUCGGGUUAUGUCGCGCCCUCGCAGUCGGCGUCCGAACUUAAAGUUAGGAAAUAUUUUCCCGAAACUUGGAUUUGGGAAACAGCUAUAACUGGGGCUACAUUUACUAAGCCUAUACCCGACACAAUUACCUCGUGGUUCAUCAGUGCUUUUGCAAUGGACAAUGAGACUGGUCUGGGAAUCGCUGCCAACAAUGCAAAGGUGAUGGCAGCGGUUCCAAGUGAUAAGGAACACAUUAGGCAUUGUCUUCUUUAUGAGUAUCAGCUCAAGAGGAAGGCUAAAGAGGCUCACAUAAACAUUACCACAGUAUUCGGUGAUGUGUUAAGUAUCCGUCAAUGCUAUGAAUGGUUCAAACGAUUCAUGUCUGGUGAUUAUGACCUCAAAGACCGCCCCCGAUCGGGCCGACCCGAAGACGUGGACAAUGAUGUUCUGAAAGAACUCGUGACAGUUUUCCGGCCAUUUUUCAUCAAAUUAUCGCUGCCUUACUCUAUAAUAAGGGGCGAAUCGGUGGCACUGAAAGCCAUUGUUUUCAAUUACAUGAACAAAGAGAUUGAGACCGAAGUUGUUAUGAAUAACAAAAAGGGAGAAUUCGAGUUCACAGACACCGGGAAUGAACUGCACGGUCGGUCCACCCGAUCGGCCGCCGGCCAGUCGGGCACUGAAAUGAGAAAGAAAAUCAAGAUUCCGGCCAACGAUGGGGUGUCCGUCGAGUACGUGAUUACUCCCAAAACUGUGGGCUAUAUUGACAUACACUUAACGGCCACCACAUCUGCCGGCGCCGGAGACUCAGUGCUCGACAAACUGGUGGUCAAACCCGAGGGUCAGACACAGUAUUUCAAUAAAGCAUUGCUCGUCGAUCUCAGACCCGAUGCCAACGUCACUGCAGGCGCUCCUAAGCCUUCGGUUAAGAAAAACAUGUCGAUCUCAAUGCCCGCCAACGCAGUGCCCGGCUCUGAGAGGGUGUCGGUGUCGGCCAUCGGAGACAUUAUGGGUCCGGCGGUUAACAAUUUGGAUGAUUUGCUUCGUAUGCCAUACGGCUGUGGAGAACAGAAUAUGCUUAAUUUUGUGCCGAAUAUCGUUGUAUUGAAUUACUUGAAAGCAACCAAUCGUUUGACACCAACUCUACGACAAAAGGCGUUAAAAAAUAUUGAGAGCGGAUAUCAAAGGGAACUGACGUAUAGACGAGAGGACGGCUCGUUCAGCGCCUUUGGCAACAGUGACCGCAACGGCAGCACUUGGCUCACGGCGUUUGUGCUCAAAUCGUUCACUCAGGCAAAGGGUGUGACAGAGAUUGACCAGAAGGUGAUUUACGGGGCCAUCAAUUGGCUUUUUAAACGCCAACACUCUGACGGCUACUUCGAGGAGCCGGGAGUUGUGUUGCAUAAGGCAAUGCAGGGCGGGUCCACUGUGAGUAAGGCUGUGCUCACAGCCUAUGUGCUCAUCGCUAUACUCCAGGAGCCAAAGACUAGGGGCGACAAUAACACAGUCAAAAGUGAUGGCUUUGUUAAGGCAGAGACUUAUAUACGAAAUGCGUUAAACGAGACCCAAAACCCAUACGACUUGUCUAUUAUGGCUCACGCGUUGCAUUUGGCCGACAGUCCGGCCGCCGGACCGGCGUUUGACAAACUGAUGGCGUUAUCCAAAAACAGUGGCGAAUACAAGUGGUGGGAAGCGAGUGACCAAAAGUCGGAGGGAGUGACUGAUUAUAGCCCUAAACUCAUGCCCUUUGGAGGCAAUAGUCAUUACCCAAACUCGUAUGCCGUGGAGUCGACGGCCUAUGCGUUGUUGACAUUAGUCGGCAAAAGUGAUUUGGAGACAACAGUUCCGGUGCUUCGAUGGCUUAUAUCCAAACAGAACUCAAACGGAGGGUUUGCCUCCACUCAGGACACUGUGAUCGGCAUUCAGGCGUUGGGAUCACUCGCCCAGAGAUUGUCCACUACUAAGCCCUCAAUGGAUGUUAUGGUUAAAUACAUGUCACCCGAGGCUAAGGUCGAGGAGUUGAAGAUUGACGACACAAACUCAUUGGUCUUACAGCGCAUACAAUUGCCCGCAAAUACCACUAACGCCGAGAUCGAGGCCCGAGGGGUGGGCGCGGCUAUAGUACAGGUGUCCUAUCAGUACAAUUUGGCCAAUGAUGCGGAAAAGCCCGCCUUUUUCUUGAAACCAGUGGUGGACAACACGUCGACCGAUAACUAUAUGCGACUCAACGUUAGCACACAUCUUUUGGAGGGAAAUGCGACAAAUAUGGCGGUAAUGGAAGUGGAACUUCCCUCAGGGUUUGUGGCCGAUAAGGACAGUCUCCCGGCCCUCGACUCACUCAUCAAACGUAUCGAUACGACAAAAGGCGACACAAAUAUAACUGGCGAAGACAUAGGCGUGACAUUAGGCGCUCAUAGAGUGCAUAGAGUGGCCAACAAUAAAGCGGUUCCCAUCACUGUAUAUGACUAUUACGAUAGACAGCAAACGGCGCGCGUAUUAUACGAACCAAAU